UACCUACCUAAUAUUAUGCACCACCUAAUAUUGGUGUGGGGUGACAGCAUUGAAGAUGAGCCAGUGUCCUGAUUUGAAUUCAUGUUACACAAAGACUUGAAGAGCAGCCUCUUGGCCGUAAGGCUCCGAGGUUCUGUGGCAGUGGAAUGAGAGAGGGUAGGUAUUAGAGGGUGCCCCGAUGCUUUUUCUCCCGCUUGAUCGCUCACCUAUCGAAUUAUCUUUGUCACCUCUUGUAUGGACUCAUAACCACGAUAAUAUAGACUUCGAGAGAAUCCAUACCCAAUAUUUAGGUCUAAUACAUAGAGAGGAGCUCAUCUCUCGCCGCUACAUUUACGCUCAAUAUGGAUUCAACAACCAACAGCUCUGCAAAUCCGGUACUCCAGACUUCACCGCCAUUGUUAAAAAUUGAAGCAUUUCACGGUAUCAUCUGGGCCGGGUUUGCAUUAUGUGUGCUCGCGUUCGCGGGCCGCGUUACAGUCCGAGUCAUCUGUUUCCACCGAUUCUUCUUAGAAGAUUGCCUUAUGCUUACUUCCCUAUGCUUUCUCCUGGCAACCGCGAUACUUGCCCAGUUUCUCCUUCAAUUUGUUUACAACAUGGAAGCUGUUGGCAAUGGGACAAUGUUACCACCGCCAACUUUCCUGGACGAUACAAGCAGAGCGCUCAGAGGCUUUGCCGCCCUCAUGCUACUGAACUACACUGGAAUAUGGCUUAUUAAGUUCAACUUUCUAUGGUUUUUUCGUCGACUUGGAAACAACAUAGCAAGAUAUCGCAUUAGCUGGUGGUGUGUUCUAAUCUUCAACAUCGGGGCCGGUGUUACAGCGAUCGGCCUCAUCGAUUUUAAGUGUCUAGUGCCGCCGAGCGAAUACAUAUUUACCAAUUGUGAGGGCUACGAGAAGGUUCUCGCCUCCAAUACAGCCGCGAUCGUAUCGUGCUCACUUGAUGCCAUUUCCGAUGCGUUGAUCAUAUGCUUUCCAAUAUCGAUUCUUUGGGGUGUGCGUAUUGGCCUUCGCAAGAAGAUUAUACUUUCCGCCAUCUUUUCACUUGUUGCUUUCACCAUUGCCGUGACAAUCGUCCGAGGUAGCAUUUUUGGAGGCGUUUAUAAAUCAGUCCAGAAGGACAACUUGCAGUCAAUGAACGUCACGUGGAUUUGGUUCUGGUUUAGUAUGGAAUACAUAGUUUCAUUCUUAAUUGCAUGUCUCAUAUCAUUCCGUUCACUAUUCGUUCAAGACACGGGGACAAAUGAAGCCCGGGCCCGGGCCCGAGAGCGUGAGCAUAGGGGAGUACUCGGCCCCACGUCGAAGCCUAAAAGUCUACGGGUAAAGGCGCGAAUGUUUCAUGACUCGGUGCUUGAUACAUUGAUGACACUGGAGGGGCCGACCAGGGUUGGUCAAGAAUUGACGGUCUUACCUCAACCUGUUGAGGGGAGGAUACCUUUGAACAUUCGGGAAGAUGAAGGUUGGUCUGAUGCAGAUAAAUCUACACAUACACGUCCGGAUUCGAUUCGAGGUUUACUUUAAAAGGGCAAGGUUUUAAAAAUGCCUUAAGUUUACGAAAAGUUUAUUAUGCCCUGAGUUUACGAAGGGUUUAUUGUGUCGACUUUUCUUUCUAUGGGAAACUGGUAGGGGGCGAUUUGAACCUAGUAAUUAGAUAGAUUUCGAAUUGCAAUAUUUAACUGAGAUAGACGAGGUACCAUAUUGGAAUCUAUAUAUUAACAAUA